UAAAAAAUCGCUCAACCCCAAUAACCCCAUCUAUUCUUAAAAUACUUUUAAAGGCGAGGCAUAUACUCAAUUUUCUACUUAUAUCUUAAAUUUACAGUCCAUCUUUUUCCAACGUUGCUGUAACAUUUUAGUUUCCGUAAUAUAUAGAACGUUUUAAAACAUUCAAUAUGAAAGCUGUCAUGCGCAUGUCUAAGAUUCUUGUUCUCUCCAGCCACACUAUCCGCCACCAUUAGUACGUCAAGAAAAGUGCUUCGGUAAAGUUAAGUUUAUAUUUUUCCUUGCGUACUUCAUUGUUCUGAAUACACUCUAUUGUGCUUACUAGCGAUGGUAUAUGAUCAUUGUUGCUACGCUUGUUGACUGAUCUUUCUUAUACGGUACAUUUUAUUGUGUGUCGAAAAGAUAUCAAAUAAAGUGGGACUUGGAAAGAGAUAUUUAUCAAUAUCACUAUUGUCUGAUUUUACUUUAAAAUUGUAUAUUAUUAAAGAUAUGCCAACUGAUAUCUGAGAACAAAUACUGAAUAGAUAAUUAUAAAUAGACAAAUCGUUCUAUUAAAUUUCUUUAGUACUUAUUAACCUAAGAGCAAUCAUCCCAUCCUGUUGUGACAGACGUACUUUAAAUGGAGGUACAUUGAAGAAAUACCUUGCGAUAUAAACAUAACUGAAGUGAUUGACGCUUCUCACUUGUUAUUGUGAUAUCUUUUGAAUCACAUAUAUAAAGAUCAUGAAAAUGGUGUUGUCUCAACGUCAGAGGGAGGAGUUAAAUAAAGCUAUUGCAGACUACUUAAGCGUCAAUGGGUAUCAAGAUGCUCUAGAGGCGUUUAAGAAAGAAGCUGAUAUGCCUGGUGAAGUUGAACGUAAAUAUGGAGGUCUCCUUGAAAAGAAAUGGACCUCAGUCAUACGAUUGCAGAAAAAAGUAAUGGAAUUGGAAUCAAAAUUAUCAGAAGCUGAGAAAGAGUUUAUUGAAGGCGCUCCAACACGAGGCAAACGAUCGCCAUCUGAUUGGAUACCUCGACCUCCAGAAAAAUUUUGUCUUACUGGACACAGAGCAACCAUUAAUCGAGUCAUUUUCCAUCCUGUUUUUAGUCUUAUUGUUACUGCAAGUGAAGAUGCUACCAUGAAGGUAUGGGAUUUCGAAAGCGGCGAAUUUGAGCGUACAUUAAAAGGUCACACAGAGAGUGUACAAGAUAUAUCAUUUGAUGGUAAUGGAAAACUUCUCGUAUCCUGCAGUUCUGAUAUGUCUAUAAAACUUUGGGAUUUUCAACAAUCUUUUUCAUGCAUAAAAACAAUGCAUGGUCACGAUCACAAUGUAAGCUCAGUUACUUUCGUACCUCAAGGCGACUUAAUUGUAAGUGCUUCACGUGACAAGACUAUCAAAAUCUGGGAAGUUGCAACAGGAUACUGUGUUAAAACUCUCACUGGCCAUACGGAGUGGGUUAGAAUGGCAAGAAUAAGUUCUUGUGGUGAGCUUAUCGCUAGCUGUUCUAAUGACCAAACGAUUAGAAUAUGGCAUAUUGCUAGCAAAGAAACAAAGAUUGAAUUAAGAGACCACGACCACGUGGUAGAGUGUAUUGCAUGGGCACCGGAUUGUGCGCGAGCAGCUAUAAACACAGCGGCAGGUACAGAUAAUAAGGGCGCUUAUGAGGGUCCAUUUCUUGCUUCUGGUUCUCGAGAUAAAACAAUUCGCAUUUGGGAUGUCGGCAGUGGUAUCUGCCUUUUCACUCUUCUUGGUCAUGACAAUUGGGUUAGAGGCAUUGCCUUUCAUCCAAGCGGGAAAUUUAUCGUUAGCGCAUCAGAUGACAAAACGAUGCGAGUGUGGGAUACACGCAAUAAACGAAACAUGAAAACGCUCGAGGCUCAUGCUCACUUUUGUACCUCAAUUGAUUUUCAUAGAAGUCAUCCAUAUGUCGUUAGUGGAAGCGUAGACCAAAUGGCGAAGAUUUGGGAGUGUCGCUAAUCACCAACCGUUUAUGAUUUUUUUCAAUGUAUGAAAAAAUGAAAUGCAUAAAAAUUUAUUUUGGAAUGUGAAGCAAGAACUGUAUUUAUAAUAUUACAUAAAUGACCGAUUGAGGAGCUGCUGCUACAAAAA